CGGAUCACGAUCGCAUUUGUUUUCAUUUCUUAGAUAGCAUUAUUAGCCUAGAUACUCCUCUCAUGAUUUUAGAUGCAAUAAUCAAAAUUCCGACUUUUAGACUUCGAGCCCCCGAGAUAGUCUGCCUACAUAUCAAUAGCUAGACUAGUUUCUCUGAGCAGAUGCAAGCUCUGACAAACUUCGAGGUGUUCGCCAAGAAAGCGCCCCCUCGAACAGCUACCGGUGAGGGGUAAAAUCACUGAUCAUCUCCCGCCCAUAGUGGGGUAACGACAGCACCAACAGUUGGUGCCUCUUUCAUGGCCUGAGGCUCCACAUUUUUUAUCGCUCCCUUUCCCCGCAAACCCAUCCAGCAUAAACACUCCCUCACACCUCAAAGAUAUUCACCAACAAACACACCAACCCCACAUCUCUCAACAUCCCAAUCUUCCAACCCCAACAUCGCCACCCAAACAGACAUUUCACUACACCAUGACCGACCCCCCACGCGACGCCCUAACCUUCCCCGCCUCCGACCGCGCAUUCCUCGAACCACACCUCCCCCCUCCCAGGCAAACCUCACCCACCACCGACCAUGCCCCCGCGACCCUCCCAUUCACAACCCUCACCUUCGCGACCUCGCUCGACUCCUCCCUCGCCCUGUCGCCGGGCACGCGCACCGUGCUCUCGGGCCCGCAAUCCAAGGCGAUGACGCACUACCUGCGCUCGCGCCACGACGCCAUCCUGGUGGGCGUCGGCACAGCGGUCGCCGACGACCCGGGCCUGAACUGCCGGCUCGCCGGCGGGGGCGGGUACGGCGCCGACGGGCUGGACGGCCAGCCGCGGCCCAUCAUCGUGGACCCCUCGGCGCGCUGGCGGAUCACCCCGCAGGCUAAGAUCGUGGAGAUGGUGCGGCGAGGGCGGGGGCGGGCGCCGUGGGUGCUGAUCGCGGAGGGGACGGAGGUGGAGGCGGAGCAGCGGAGGGUGUUGGAGGGAGUUGGGGGGAGGUUUAUUUCGCUUCCUUUGGGGAUUACAACAAAGGAUUUUGGGGGGGAUGAGGAGGAGGGGGAGGGGGUAGGAAAGGGUAGGAGGGAGUUCGAUUGGAGGCAGGUGCUGGAGUAUCUGCGGCGGGAGGAAGGGGUGCGCAGUGUUAUGAUCGAGGGCGGGGCGGCGGUGAUUAAUUCGUUGCUGGAGCCGAGGUACCAGGGUCUGGUCAGCUCGGUGAUUGUGACGAUUGCGCCGACGUGGUUGGGGAGGGGCGGGGUGGUGGUGAGUCCGCCAAGGAGGGUGGGGGACGGUGGGGUGGCUGUGCCGGCGUCGCGGUUGACGGGGGUCAAGUGGUAUCCUUUUGGGGAGGAUGUGGUGCUUUGUGGGAGGAUUAAGGUGGAUACCUAAGGUAGAUGGUGGUUGUGCUAUGUCGUUGGAAUUGGGGUUGAGGGUACUGGGGAGCUGAAAAGAAAGGGGGGUCUGGGGGUUCUCCCCCAGAUAGUUAUACUAUACUAUUGGAUUCGAGUUGAGGUUAUUGGGGAGUUGAAAGAAAGGGGGGUCUGGGGGUUCUCCCCCAGAUAGUUACAUUACUGCUAGGACUGAGGAUUGAGAUUAUUGGGGAGUUGAAAGAAAGGGGGUUCGGACGUUCUCCCCAGAUACUUGUGUUAUAAGGGUAUGAUGUGCUUGCGUCGCAUGCAUCUCUUCGUGGUGGAUCUAAUGUCUGGAACGAGGAUCA